UCCCUUUGACAAUUGACCACGGCAGCAGCCCUCCAGCAACCUGCGAGAUAUUGUUGAAUAGUGUUUACGCCCCUGCGAUGAAUGUUACCGAUCGCAACAAUUCCCGACGCGGUAAUAACAGUAACGUACACCGGCGCGCCUUCCAUCUGCCCACGGAGGUGCAGUCAGUACCCAAGCAGUCGAGUCGCCGCCGUCCACCAGGCUCUCCUGAACGGACGAGCGUGCAGCACAUGGUUCUGUCAAAUGUCGCGAUGCCUACCAUUGAUGAGUCAUCCCAAGUAGACCAGAGCAGGCGGAAGAAACCAGUUAAUCUAUCGUCUGUCCCUACGACCUCCCGUUCUUUCAUCGUCGCUAUCGAUGAGGCCAGCUCAGAUCGUGGCCGCAAGUCGAAGGCAAGACAGCGCCACCACAAUCGCCAUCUCUCGGAGAACGGCGCACAAGCUGGAGUGCCUCACCCGGUACAGACAGUCUUUUCCAUACCAAAGGAAGAAAGAUCAAAAUCUCAGGACGGCCCACUUGCCGCAGCUGAGUUUGCUAAAAUGAAACGGGAAAUCGAUAAUUUGAGAAGAUUGGCUCAAGAGAACAAAAAAGUUGUCAAGAAGCAAAACAAGCUCAUAGAAGAGUUGAAGCAACAGGAAAACACUACUAAUCAGAAAUUGAAAGAAACGGAAUCGCAGGUGCAAAAGUUACAGAGUAAGUCGAAGAAAGCCGAAGAGUUCAUGAACACAGCGGAGAAUAAUGUACAAUGUCAGAUUUGUAUGGAACUCCUCCUGAAGCCGUAUGCACUUUCGCCAUGUGGCCACGUGCUAUGUGUUACUUGUCUUCAGGAAUGGUUCCGAAAAGCUCCCAUGGGUGACGAUGACAUGGAUGAUGUCGAUAAUCCAGCUUACAUCCUUCAUCGCCGCAAGACAUGUCCGUGUUGUCGCGCUGCGGUCCUCCAUCGUCCUAUUCCUAUUUUUGCAGUUAAAUCCAUCGCCGCGGCACUCGCCAAGGCGAAAGGUACAUCUGCCGUAGCAUCGCUGAACCGUGAUGCUACCAGUGAAUUGGAUCCAUGGGAGGGUAUAUUCCCGCCCCACAGCCAAGUGAGUGGACGGGAGGCAAGUGAAGGGGACGAGGGCGAAGAAGAUGACGACGACGAUGACUAUGAAGAGGACGACGACCAUUCCUCCGAUUGGUACGAGGAUGUUUUCAGUUAUGGGACUGACAGCGAUGAAGAGCCAUACCUCGGCGGGUACGUAUAUCCCCAGUGGGAGCCGCCCACUGUGAUCGUAGAUGAGGAUGACUACCUCUUCGAGCAACUAGUCCCUGGUGAAUUCAACGCUCUUCGGCGCGGCGCGACCCUCCAAAUGUUGCGUGAAUAUGAGAUGCGAUACUCGCAUGACGAGGGUCUUAUCGCGCACGACGAAGAGUUCAACCGCUACUUUCUCGGGUGGAACAUUCGGUUGAGUUCGGAUGAUGAAAAUGGGGAAGGAUUCAUGCAGUACAUCAUGGAUGACGUGACCAAUCGACCGGAGAGGUGGCGGAUAGCAGAGUACGAUGACGGGACCUUCGACGCUCACCUUCUUGUUCGCGAGGAUGAAGUCCACGACUAUGCCGACACGGACUCGGAUUACAACUACAUGGAUGUGGAUGGCCGAUAGUAGGCUGAAUCAUUUUCGUAAUUCCUGAUAGAGGUAAAAGUUGCCAGGGCGUUCUUCAUAUUUACUUGGGAGUGUAACUACUACAGAAUUAACUACAUACGAAGCUGUAUAUCCUGUUCUUGAUGGUGUAUUGAUGUUGUACUACAAAUCCCAUACAUCUUUUUCUGAUUGCAGCGGUGAUGCAG